CACAAUCAAAAAUACAAUCUCGUAAUCCACUUGCUUCCACAUAUUUUCUGUGCCCACCAAAACCAAUCCAUUCCAAUCCUACUAGAGCUGUGUGUGUUGUACACAAAUAAUAAUCUCUCUCUCUCUCUCUCGACCCUCCACACCUAGGCACAAAGAAAUGGCUUCAACUUCUUGUUUCUUGAACCACCCUACACUCGUUAGAUCAUCUACUCUACAACAACGCCACGUUCAAUCCAUCAAGCCUAACCAAGUAAUCUGCCGUGCCCAGAAGCAGGUGGUCACUGAGGAAGAUAAUGCACUUGUGUCUCGCAGGUUGGCCCUCACUGUGCUCAUCGGUGCGGCUGCUGUGGCCACCAAGGUCUCUCCCGCUGAUGCUGCCUAUGGUGAAGCUGCAAAUGUGUUCGGCAAGCCAAAGACAAACACAGAAUUCAAACCUUACACCGGAAAGGAUUUCUCUUUGUUAAUUCCUUCUAAAUGGAACCCGAGCAAGGAGGUUGAAUACCCUGGUCAGGUUAUUAGAUUUGAGGACAAUUUCGACACCACCAGCAACCUCUCUGUCAUGGUCACUCCAACCGACAAGAAGUCCAUCACCGACUAUGGAUCUCCUGAACAAUUCCUAUUAACAGUGGACUAUUUGCUAGGAAAACAAGCCUACUUUGGUAAAACUGCUUCAGAGGGUGGCUUUGAACAAGAUGCUGUAGCAACAGCAAAUAUAUUGGAGACCUCGACUCCAGUGGUGGGUGGAAAGCAGUACUACAGCCUGUCUGUGUUGACAAGGACUGCGGAUGGGGAUGAAGGGGGCAAACACCAACUCAUCACCGCCACAGUUUCAGAUGGUAAGCUUUAUAUAUGCAAGGCUCAAGCCGGAGACAAGAGAUGGUUCAAAGGACUAAAGAAGUUUGUGGAGAGCGCUACAAGUUCAUUCAGCGUUGCUUAAGUCAAACCCACGAGGUUGUAUGUAAAUCUACUUGAUUGAACACUUGUAUUGUUUUGGUCAAUUUAUCAUAACAUUUUACCACCCAAGGUUUUAGAGAUGCUUAAGCAACCCAUUUGAAGAAAGCUAAUGUGGAUAAUCUGUUUGUAAUUUUGUAUCCAUGUAAGUUCUAGCUGUUAUAUGUCAAGAAGAUAUCAACAUCA